AUGAACUAUAAAUUAAUUGAUCAGACUUUUUUUUCUUCUUUAGUGAACAAGCAUAAGCCCUGGAUUGAGACAUCAUACCAUGGAAUCAUAACCGAAAAUAAUGACACUGUAAUUUUGGAUCCUCCUCUUGUUGCUUUGGAUAAGGAUGCACCUGUUCCCUUUGCAGGUGAGAUAUGUGCUUUUAAAAUUCACGGACAAGAAAUGCCAUUUGAAGCUGUUGUGCUUAACAAGACAUCUGGAGAAGGCCGUCUUCGAGCCAAAAGUCCUAUUGAUUGUGAGCUGCAGAAAGAAUACACGUUCAUCAUUCAAGCCUAUGACUGUGGAUCAGGACCAAGUGGAGUAAACUGGAAGAAAUCUCACAAGGCAGUUGUCCAUAUCCAAGUAAAGGAUGUUAAUGAGUUUUCACCAGCUUUCAAGGAGAGUAUGUAUAAGGCCACCGUGACAGAGGGAAAGAUCUAUGACAGCAUACUGCAGGUAGAAGCCAUAGAUGAGGACUGUUCCCCACAGUAUAGCCAGAUCUGCAAUUAUGAAAUUGUCACAACAGAUGUUCCUUUUGCUAUCGAUAGAAAUGGUAACAUCAGAAACACUGAGAAGCUAAACUAUGAUAAACAGCAUCAGUAUGAGAUAAUGGUGACAGCUUUUGACUGUGGACAAAAACAUGCGAAAGAAGAUGUCUUAGUGAAAGUUAACGUCAAACCAGUGUGCAAACCAGGCUGGCAAGAUUGGAACAAACGUAUUGAAUACAAGCCUGGUUCUGGCAGCAUACCGUUGUUUCCCAGUGUUCAUCUAGAAACGUGUGAUGGCCCAGUUUCAUCAAUACAUACAACAAUCGAAUUGCAGACCAACUAUAUUGGAAAGGGCUGUGAUCGUGAAACCUACUCAGAAAAAUCUCUGCAGAAACUAUGUGGAGCAUCCUCAGGUGCCAUUGAUCUCUUACCAUCUCCCAGUGCAACAACUAACUGGACAGCUGGGCUUCUCAUGGAUAAUAAUGACAUGAUUUUUAAAUUUGAUGGAAAACAAGGAGCCAAAAUCCCAGAUGGAAUAGUCCCAAAGAAUUUAACUGAUCAAUUCACCAUCUCUUUGUGGAUGAAACAUGGACCUAGCCCAGGACUAAGAGCUGAGAAGGAGACUAUUCUCUGCAACUCUGACAAGACAGAGAUGAACCGACAUCACUAUGCCUUGUACGUGCACAACUGCCGAUUAGUGUUUCUGCUGCGUAAAGACUUUGAUCAGGCUGACACCUUCCGCCCUGCAGAGUUCCACUGGAAACUGGAUCAGAUUUGUGAUAAAGAAUGGCAUUACUAUGUUGUCAAUGUUGAGUUUCCUGUUGUUACCUUAUACAUGGAUGGAACGACAUAUGAACCUUACCUUGUGACCAAUGACUGGCCUAUUCACCCUUCGCACAUAGCCAUGCAGCUGACAGUCGGUGCUUGCUGGCAAGGAGGUGAAGUCACCAAGCCUAGGUUUGCUCAGUAUUUCCACGGCAGCCUAGCCAGUCUUACUAUCCGUCCUGGAAAAAUUGAGAGUCAGAAAGUGAUUUCCUGUUUGCAGGCCUGCAAGGAAGGUCUGGAUAUUAAUUCACUUGAGAGUCUUGGCCAAGGAGUGAAGUAUCACUUCAACCCUUCCCAGUCAGUCCUUGUCAUGGAAGGAGACGACAUUGAGAAUAUAAAUCGAGCUCUCCGAAAGGUCUCUUACAUCAACUCUAGACAGUUUCCUACUGCAGGCGUACGACGUCUCAAAGUCUCCUCUAAAGUCCAAUGUUUUGGUGAAGAUGUCUGCAUUAAUAUCCCAGAUAUCGAUGCAUAUGUAAUGGUGCUUCAGGCCAAUGAGCCCAAGAUUACAAUAAAUGGGAUGGACCACUUUUCUAGACCAGCUGCACAAUUUGAAAGUGAAAGAGGUGUCAUUCUGCUGCCUGACAUCAGGAUUGUCAGCACUGUCACAAAAAUGGAGCAUUCAAGAAAAAAUGAUGGAGCUAAUAAGUCAGUGGUCUUGGAAGAAAUGCUCCACAACUUGGAUUUCUGUGAUGUUUUGGUCAGUGGUGCAGAACUAGAUCCUGAACAGGAGUGUUUAGAACUAGAUCGUACUGAGCUUCAAGGAACACAUCUAGAUGCCACAAAUUCCACAGCAGGAUAUUCAAUCUAUGGUGUGGACACCAUGCACAACUAUGAACAGGUUCUUCAGCAGAUUCGAUACCGUAACUGGUACACUUCUGCCACCUCUGAAAGAAAGUUCAGAAUCAAGUGCUCUGAGCUGAAUGGGCAUUACACCAGCAAUGAAUUUAACCUGGAGGUUAAUAUUCUGCACAGCACCAACUCCAACUAUAUGGACCAUGUAAACCAUGUGAUAGUACAGCCACACUUUCUCCAGUCAGUCCGCCAUCCAGAGGAAAGCAAAAGUACUGUUCACAGCUCAGUUGUUCCAAGUGUGGCCACAGUCGUAAUUGUGAUCUGUGUGAGUGUACUCAUUUUCAUCAUAGCCGUGGGAGUCCAUAGAAUUCGGACAGCCCAGCAGCACAGCUCUACAGACAAUGAAAGCAGUAAGGAAAAUGAAAUGGAUUGGGACGAUUCUGCUCUGACUAUUACUGUCAACCCCAUGGAGAAAUAUGAAAAGCCUCACCGGGUAGAAGAGGAGAGUGAAGAGGAAGAUGAUGAGGAGGAAGAUACGACCAGUGCUGAAUCGGAUGAAAGUGAAGAGGAGGAGGAUGAGGAGGAUGAGGAGGAAGUGACUGUCCAAAAGAGAGGCAAGCAGAAUCUCACCAGGCAAGAGCAGUUGGAGUGGGAUGAUUCAGCACUCCCAUACUAACAGCCCUUGAGCCACAUUGCUCCUUUUGUAACCACCAAUACAAUGUUUUCUCAGUCUAUGAAUUCUUUGACAGGAUUUGAACUGCUUGCCUGUAACUGUUUUGCCUAAAAUGAUCUUGUUGUAGUAAUUGAUAAUGAUAGAACUGACCCUUUUCCUACAAAGGCUGGAGAACACAUGGUACAAUCAUACUGGCAUUGCCAGUUCUGAAGUAAUCUAGAACUUAAUCUGUUAGCAAGCAUAGGGUUCAAUUUCCUCUUUCUGUAACAGAAG